UUUUUCUUUUGCCAUUUUUUUUUUUCUCUUCAUUCAUUACGGUCAUGUUGUGGAGGCCUCGGCUCCUGCUAAUCCUGGCCGCGGUGACCAUAGCGACCAGUGGGCCCCCAUGUGACACUGGCAAGUAUGAGUUCCGUGGCCUCUGCUGCGACCUCUGCCUGCCUGGCUUCUACGUCAGCAGAGACUGCGUAUGCAGCCCGUGUGAGCCCGGCUUCUUCACUGCCCACCACAACCGGGAGACCUCGUGCCUGGCGUGUACCGAGUGCCAUGAAGACCAAGAGGUUGUGGCUGAGUGCACCCGGGACAGCAACCGGCGAUGCCAGUGCAAGACCGGGAGCUUCUACUGCGACUCCCCGAACUGCGUGGAGAAGUGCCACCGCUGCACCAGGUGUGACGGCCCCACCCUUCAGCCAUGCAAUGCAACAAGGGACACCGUUUGCGCCGCCCAGGGCAACCCACGGCCAGGAGACCCGCCCAGCUAUCACGCCAACGGCUCCGAUAAGGGGACUGCAGUGGUGGUGUUUGUCAGCGUCGUCAUCGUUGUCAUCAUCAUUACUGUCAUCGUUAUCUACUGUACAAAACGAGGUGUGCCGUUGCCCCACCUGGUGGUCCGUUGGCUGAAACAUGAGUCGGGGGACUCGGGCAACCCUGAAAGCACCGAGCCCAGGAUAAGUCUGCUGUCCACGCAUGCUGAACAUGGCCGGCCCACCCCCGGCGUGGACACCGCCCCGCUGCUGGAGCACUGGGGCUCGGCUGAGGCACCUGGGGCCGAGACCUGCCCGGGUCCCUCUGAAGACCCCGAGGGAGGCAUCCAACGACAGGUGGUGGUGGACGGAGGGAGCGGGGCCGCCCCAGAGCCGAUACUGCAGACCCAGGCUCCCGCGGCCCCCGGGCGCCCGGGCCAGGCCGGGGUGGUGGCCCCCAUCAGUGUUCUGGAGCAGGAAUAUCAACAGAACUAUGUUCUGAAGGACCGGUCCCCCGAAGCCAUCUACACGAUCUACUGUGUGUUUGGGCAGGAGGUUCCCCAAAGUCACUGGAGGAUGUUCAUGAGGUUUGUUGGACUGGAGGAAAACGACAUCGACAUUUGUGAGCAAGAGAACUGGGGAAACGUGGCGGAGCAGCACUACCAGAUGCUGCGGCGCUGGCAGAGCAAGCAGGGGCGGGCCGCGUCCCCCUUCCGACUCCUGGCGGCCCUCCGUAAGCUGCAGCUGCAUGAGUGUCUAGAAAACGUUAUAAACAAGCUGGUUGACGGAGGUAUCUUAGGUAGUAAGCACGCGGAGCCCCCAAACUAGAGUCAGCCUCUUGGGCACAGGGUUCAGAAAGAGCAGUGUCCUGGAGUCUAAACUUUCCCAGGGCCCUUCUCAUGGGGACCUGCAGGGAUCCCAGAUGGGACGGAGCCCCUUCCUUGUCUAAGGACGUCCUACAGGAAGCUUCUGAUGGGGGAGGUCCGUGCAAGCCACAGGGCUUCUCUGCCAGCUCCCGGAGAGUCCGGCUGCCCCCCAGGGAACUCGGGGUGGGUGGGGCUCUGCGCCUCUUGGGAAGGGACCCGCGGACUGCGUUCCUGGCCGGGGGGCUGGCCGGUCAUCUGUCUGCCCCCCUCGCUAACCCCUCGGUCUCCCGGCCAUGUGUUCCGCGGGCCUGAAACUGGGUGCACCCUCCCCGGGUGAUGUGUAAUAACUAAGCCCAUGACAGACGGGCGGCAACUCUCAGCCGUCGUUAGAUUAGCGGGGGGGAGGGGCUGGUGCACAUGGGGACAAUUACUGUCC